AGAAGCAGUAACUUCCGGCAGGAGAGAGCCGAAGAACACUUUCAGUUUCAGUCCUAUGCCGUACUGUACGUAUGCGCUGUAUUUAUUAGCUUACCUAUGGCUUAAUAUUAAUUCACCACACAACGUUAGACUUUUGCUAUUUAAAAUGGCAGACGAUGGAAUCGACUACAAUAUCGUGUUUCCCGACGCAGAGACUUCCGAGGCACACUGGCAGGAAACAAAGGAGCCAGUGGUGAUUUUGCUGGGAUGGGCAGGCUGCAAAGACAAACACCUCACCAAGUACAGCGCCAUCUACAACGAACAGGGCUGCGUCACCAUCCGCUACACGGCCCCUCUCAAGACGGUCUUCAUCUCGGAGUCGUUCGGAUACAAGGAACUUAAAAGUACAGCCCUCAAGUUGCUGGAGAUCCUCUACGACUAUGAGGUGGAACACAGUCCUAUUUUCUUCCACGUGUUUAGUAAUGGUGGCUUUAUGCUGUACAGAUACAUUGUGGAGCUCCUCCACAAGGACCAACAAUUUAGUUCCCUGUGUGUUAUCGGGGCCGUUGUGGACAGUGCCCCCGGUAGCGGGAACGUCCUCGGGGCUGUGCGGGCGCUGACCGCCACUUUGGGGCCUAAAGUAAGUCCCGUUUUGAAGUACCUCCUGCUAGCGCUCUUCGCAGUGGCCGUCUUCCUGUUGCGAGUGGUGCUCUACCCGUUGACAAAGUACGUGCACAAGAACCACUACGACGCCGUGCGAGAGAGGCCGCCCACCUGGCCGCAUUUCUUCCUCUACUCCAGCGCGGAUCAGGUGAUCAGGCCAAGCGACGUCAGGCACUUUGUGGACACGCUCCGUUCGAAAGGCGUCCCGGUGGACGCGUACGAUUUUGUGUGCAGCGCCCACGUCUGUCAUCUCUGGGAACGGCCAGAGCGGUACACGUGCAAAUGUCGUGACUUCCUUACAGCUUGCAUGAAGGACACGGCGAGGAGGAGACACCGGCUUCGGGAUCAGUGACGCUUGUACUGUAACCAUUGCACUCAGUCAUUGUUUUGUGGCGAUUCAACCGUAAAGCAAUGGAAUCGGCUUAGCCGGAGGUGUAGUCGUUUGCCGCCCACGUCCACUCAAGUGCUUUUUGUGACAAAUCAGGUAGUCGCUACCCACUGGAUAAAUGCGACGAAAGAUCGUAAAAAGGUUUUUAAUAUUUGUUUCAUGUGUGAUGCAUUGCAGGAAGGCACCAGCGGAAGUCUGGAGCUGCAACAGUUGAAUGAAUCGACAGCUGUUUUGAUAUUUUUGAUUUAAAAACGUACAUAUCCUCUGAUUUCAGCACCUCAAAUGCGAAUGCUUGUUAAUGUCCUACGUCAUACAUGAAAGCAGAGCUAUUAUCUUUGUGUUUUAGGCAAAACAAAACAUUCACACGCAUCAGCUUUGACUUUGGAAAACACUGACGGACGUUUUUUGCCUUUUUUCUGAUAUGUUGUGGAGGAAACCACCACUGGCUGUUUGUUUGCUUCAUCCAGGAAAGGGGUGUCCAAAGCCUGGGACACAUUCUAAAAAUAUUGUUUUGAACAGGAAAACACACCAAAAAAAACCCAGCAAAUGUAGAAAAAUCAGCUGUAAAUUUACAAAAAUAAAGUAAAAAAAAGAGAAAAAAGUUGUAAUCUGAGAAGAAAGUCGUAAUAUAAUGAGAGUAAAAUUGUAAUAUGAAUAGGAAAAUACUGUAGUAGCAUGAAGUUGAAACAGGAAUUUAAAAAAAUCUUCUGGUCUUUUUGACUAUGUGGUAAUAGCAUGGAAAACAAACAACAUAACAAAUAAAGUUUUUGGGAAAGGAGUUUGCGGGAAAAAGUUCCAAUGUUACAAGAAUAAAGUCAUAAUUGUGAGGGGGAGGGGGGAAUUCCAAGAAGAAAGUUGAAAGAGUCGUAAUUUUCAGAGAAUCACGUCGGGGAAAAUAACAUCAUUUUAGUAGCGUAGAAUCUAAAUAUCAACGGAAAAGGAGGGUUUUUAUUUUGAAGUUGUUAUAUUAUGAGAAAACAUGAAGUUGGAUUUUUUUUAUUACGGGGGGGUAUAUUAUGGGAAUAAAGUUCUAAUAUUAUGAGAAGAAAAUGUACCAGAAGAAAGGUUAAAUAGAAAAUAAAAGCUGUAAUUUUACGAGAAUAAAGUCACUUUUACAAAAACUUGUAAUAUGAGAAUAGUCAGUAAUAUGAGCAGAGUUUUAUCUUUUAGACUUGCUGAUAUGGCAAACAAAACAAGAUAAAGUUGUAAUUUUUGGAAAAUUAGGUUGGGGAGGGGGAGUUAAGUCAAAAUAUUUUGGGCAUAAAGUCAUAAUUUUACCAAAAGAAAAUGUACGGAGAUUAUUUAAGAAGAAAGUUAAAAUAUUUGGAAAAUAACUAAAAAAAAAAAAAAACAGCAAAAGCGAGGGGAAAAAAGUGAUUGUGAUAUUAAUGAUAUGCUUUUUCCCCUACAUGACGAAGCUGAGAUAUAAUAUAUAUAACGAAUAUUUGACUUGUCAGCAUAUCUAAAUGUGUUGCUUUGCUUUGCAAAAUAACAAAGUGGAAAAGUUGCAUGCUUUCUUUUUUCACUUUGUGGCCCUCGAUGGGGAAAAGCAACAACCUUUGGACACCCCUGGUCAAGGACCCAACGCAGGGGUGUCCAAAGUGUGGCCUGCAGUUUUUAGUUUUUGUUUUUAAAUGGCCCUUAACACAUUUUUAAAAGACAUCAAAAAUUGAAGAAAGGAUCAGUGCAAUAAUCCUUUGCAAUAUUGCGGUUCGAUCAUCGCUCCCCUGCUGUAUGACGAUGUUUCAAAAAUGAAUAAGGAAAUGAUCACUGUUUUGUGGUUGAAUACGGCCUAUUAUUGUUGAGAGAGGCCCUAGACUAGUGACUAAGGUUUAGGGUUUUCCCUUGGGGUUUUCUUCACGUGUACAUUGCUUAUGUACUCAUAUGCUGUUUACUUUAUUGGGUAAUACAAGUGUAAAGCCAUUUAAAACACCAGAAAAAAACAGCAAGGAACUUCUAACUUGUGAGCCUGUUACCAUAUUUAUGUCUAAUAUGUUUUAUUUUCUCUGAUUACAUCUCCUAUAUUGGGUAAUACACAUUUAAAGUUGACGAUAGGGGAGUUUAUUCAUGUCUAGAGGGCCCUAAUAAUGUUAAAAACCAUAUUUAGAGGAUUGUAAACAGGCUUUCUAUGCCAUAACAAUGAAAAUAUUUCAUAUAUCAAUUUUGAAUCCUACCGCUGUCAGGUCUGGAACCAAUGAACUGCAGUAAACGAGGGAUUGCUGUCAUUUCAUGGGAAUAGUUGAAAUAUUUGGUAUAAAUUUAGAAUGUUCAGGAAAAAAAGUGGUAGUCCUUCACAACACAAAGAAUAAAGAUGCAACUUUUGGAAAAUUAUGUCGGAAAAAGUUACAUUUUGAGAAUUAAAUCAAACUAUUUUGAGAU